AUGUUAGGCCCACCUAACGUCGUGCUGGUGUGUGCAGCCAAAGAGCUCUCGGCAUCCGACUGGGACCUGCUUGGCUGGAUAAACAACAAGAUCUGGGCCCGCACGUCGGCCCCCGCCUCGGACUUCUUGGGCUCCAUCCGCAACGGCCACGCGCACGUCCGGCUCAUUGAGGCCCUCACUAUGGCCGACUCCGGCCUCUCCAUCAGGGACUUCCUUGGCGCCUCCCAUCUCACUCAGCUCGACCUCCAUCGCCCUGCUGGCCCGGACACGCCAGCAAGCAAGGCUUGUUGA